AUGGGUUUGCUGUGCGCCAAGCUGCGCAACUGUUGUUGUACCCAAUCCUGCAGCUGUUGUGGGAUUUCCUCGCCGCCGAUGGAGGAGUUCCAGCUGCUGAUCCUUGGACCCUCGGGCAGUGGGAAAACGGAGCUGGGCCAUCGCCUGACCAGAGUUCAGAGAUCCUUGGAUGACCAGGAGGCGACGAAUGGAGUGCGUUGCUAUGAGGUUUCCACGGAGGAACUCCCUGCAAAACUUCAGCUGACCGAAGUCGGUGGCAAUCCGGAGAUGCAGCGCCUGUGGAAGCACUACUACGCCUCCUCGCACGCCCUCAUAUAUUGCUUCGAUCUGGGUUCGGAUCCGGAUGAACUGCAGGCCACCUUUGGCCUGCUAACCGAUUGCCUUCGAGGCACUCAGCUGGCUGGCAAACCGGUGCUCCUGGUCGCCUCGCGACAUUGCGAUGGAGUCCAGCUCUAUGACGUGGAAUAUGCCUUCGGCCUGGAGGAGCUGGCCAAGUCCUGCGGAUGUCCCCUGCUCAUCUGCCAGAUGGACGAUGCCGAGGAUCUGCAGCGGGGAGUAAGGUGGCUCUGUCACCAGUUGUUGGCCAGAAAAUCACAGUUGGAGCAGCGGAUACGUUACGAUGUAAAUAUGCAGGUUUGGCAGCGGCGGAAGCGAUCGCUUUUAUCCAGCGGAAAGUUAGCUCAAGUGCAUCGACAGCGUUUUCGGCGCCAAACCAGAAAAAUAUUACCUGCAAUCCAAGGAAUCGGAUUGAUGCGUCCAAGUACAGCACCUCCCAACAUAUUCUUCGUGAAUUCCCAACAGAAUCAAGGCCCCAAGUUCUAG